AUGGAAAGAGUUGAAAAUACAAUGAGAUCUCCGAAACAAGGAUUUGUAACAAAUGCAAGAGACAAAUUUAUGACAGAGGGGAGAUCCUCCUCUUAGAUUCAAGAUGCAAAAGCUUAGCAAAUUGUGAACAUUUUCAAAAUGCAAUCGAAGAAGAAAGAUAAGACUGAAGACAUUCUCAGGAAGCACGGUUAUCUUCCUAAAGAUGUAGAUGAAGAGAUGGAGAAUAUUCAGUUGACGAACGAUUAUUUUAAUAAAAUCAAGUAUUUGGAAUUCGUAAUCUUCUUCUUUGCUUGGGUUGGUGUUGGAUCCUCUAUUGUUGAAUAUGAACUUAGAUAUAAUUCUGAGUUCACUCAUACUAUGACGGAGUAAAAAAGAGUCUAGCUUUUGAUAAUGCUCUGUAUAAAUGCUUUAUGCACCAUAUGCGUUGUGUUUGCUAUUGUUUCAAGAUAUUUAUUGACUCUAUAAUGGUAAAUUGAGAAGAAGCUUUUGCUACCAUUGGAUAAUCUAAUUACAACAAAGUACUAUAAAUCAAUGAUGAUAGAGAUUUUCUGCAGCAUUCUGUCUCCUCUACCAGGCCUAGAAAAUAUGACCUAUAUCGAGGAUUAUUCUGAUAGAGAAGUAACAGUUGAGCUCCGUAUCAAUGUACUUUUAUUAUGCACAGCAAUGAUUAUUCGACUGUACUUAAUAAUUAGAUUCGCUCUCUCAUUCAGCAGAUAUAGAAACUCCAGAAUGUAGAGAUUAUGCAUGAUUAAUGGUACUGAAGCUACAUUUAUGUAUUCGAUGAAAGCUUUCAAACAAGAUAGACCAUAUGUAUUUAUCUCUGGUUCCCUAGUUGUACCUCUAAUUGUCUGUGGCUACGGAAUGAGAAUGUUUGAAAGACCGCUAAUCCCUGUUUCAGGUCAAGAUUUUGAUUCAUUAGGAAACUGUAUUUGGUGUGUGAUUAUUACAAUGGCUACUGUAGGUUAUGGUGAUUAUUUCCCCAUUUCAAAUUUCGGUCGUAUUGUAGGAAUCCUUGCAUGUUUAUGGGGUGUAUUUAUAGUUUCAAUUUUUGUAGUCACUUUAAAUAAUUUACUUGAGUUUUCCAAACAAGAGGAGAAAAGUUACGAUAUUCUUUGCAAACUUGCAUUCAAAGAGGAUUUAAGAAUGAAAGCUGUAAACGUAAUAUUGAGUGCUUAGCGGUAAAAAGUAGAGAGAUAAAAAGAUGAUCUUGACAUAAGUAGAUUGGCUGUUGUUUUCCGUGAUUUUAGGAAAAAUGUAUUCUCACUAAAGUAAGUAUCAAAGAGAGUCAGAGCGAUGUAUGAAGAUUAUAAUGAAGUAGAAGUAGUUACCAAGGAUGUAGAGGAGAUUAAUUAAGAAGUAAAUCUACUUAUGUCGACAUAAGAAGAUGUUUUAAAUGAAUUUAGAGAAUUGUCAAAAUAAUUCGGAGAUGUUGGAGAAGAUAAUUCAAUCGUAUCCGACGAGUAAGAAGUGGAUGAUAAUGAAUCUAACUCUUUAUCAGAAUUAGAAAAGUAAAUGAUCACAGUUGAUAAUUGA